CCCGAUCAAUAUUUAGGGCCUGGUAAAGACAAGCCCAAUCCGUCCCACGAACAGAAUCUGGACCAGUCGGGUUAGUCCAAAAAGAAGAGGGCGGAUCUAGAAAUAUUAGAUCGAGGGGGUGAGCCAACAGAAACUGGACCGGUUGGAUUAGUCCAAACCGAAGAGGGCGGAUCUAGAAAUAUUAGAUCGAUCGUCUAGGCAAAGGCAUUCCAAUUCCAAUAGUAAAACCCUAGACUCGUGAUCUUUUCCCCCAAAUCAAUUGAUAAGGAUGAUGAUGAUGCGUAUGUUCCUGAAGCCCUCUCAUACUCGGAAAUCUUUUAAUUACUUCGCCGCCGCUGCCAUGUCCUCUUCUGCUUCUUCUUUUUCCGGUUUCAAACCGCGUCCGACUCACGUGAUACGCUGCGGCAAAGAGAAGCCCCAGGACAAGGACCCUAAGGAUUUCUACAUCCGAACCCUCACCGCGGUCCUUGGUAGUGAGGAGGCUGCGAAGAAGUCUUAUAUCAAAGAUAUUGGUCACUAUUCUGGCUUCGUUGCUGCUGACCUCACUCCUGAACAGGCUCGUCAAAUUUCAAAGCAACCAUAUAUUUUUCUUGUUGAGGAGAAUAGAAUCAUGAGUCUCUACCGCAGGAUCCAGGUGUAAUGUUAUGUAUGGAUUCCAAACUAUCUAUGUUGCAGCCUGCACUUAUAUGCAUGUAUUUCAAGCUAGUAUAAUGUUAGGUGCUUACAAGUUUGUUCCAGAGCUAUGGUUGAAGAAGCAACCUCUGAAAAAACAAUAUGAUGUGAUGAGAUUCAUGCAAAUGUUCUCAGAACAUCAUCAUGAACCUACUGUCCCGGACAAGCCGCCUCAGACGGGUUGCAAGAUUAAGCAGUCCUAUAUUGUGUGCUUAGGAUCACACCGUCAAGCAGAUGAUCGUCAAUCGAUGACUAACUCUCAUGGUGAUUUACUUGGACCUCAUGUACAAAGAUAUCUUGCAAUGCUGAAUGAAGAGGAGGCGGCACACAUAUCAAAGCAUCCUAAUGUACAAUAUGUAUCAUUGAGUGAAACAUCUAAAUUGCUCACAACCCACUCAUGGGUUUUUCUUCGGUUGGCAAUAAAGAAUGGCAAUUUUCCAAAUGCAUCAAUAUGGAAAAAAUCACUUGGAGAAGAUAUCAUUAUUGGAAAUAUAGACACAGGCGUUUGGCCUGAAUCCGAGAGCUUCAAUGAUGAAGGGAUGGGACCAAUCCCAGCCAAGUGGCGUGGAAUCUGCCAAACUAACCGUGACAAUUGGGAUAACUUUCAUUGCAACAAGAAGCUCAUUGGGGCCAAGUAUUUUUACCAGAAUUUUUGUCAAUCAGAUGGAGGGGGCCAUUCUUUGCUUUUUAGUCCGCGUGACUAUGAUGGUCAUGGCACCCAUACAUUAGCCACAUCAGGUGGUAAUUUCGUUCCGAGAGCAAGUUCUUGCGGUCUUGGCCACGGAACCGCAAGCGGUGGAGCACCGAGAGCUCGAGUAGCAUGUUACAAGGUGUGCUGGCCAAAUGACAAAGAGGAACAACAAUGCAAUGAUUUGGACGUCGUGGAUGCUUAUGAUGCUGCCAUUCAUGACGGAGUGGAUGUUAUAUCAGUUUCGAUGGGUUAUGAUAAGGAUAGGAAGUUUACAUAUGGUGGAUCUUAUCGGUCAUCCUUCAAAGCGGUCGCUAACGGGAAAAUUGUCGUUAAAGCUGCCGGAAACAAAGGACCAGAGCCAAAGACUAUAGUAAACUGUGAACCAUGGGCGAUUACAGUAGCGGCGACCACAACGGACAGGGAUUUCUUCUGUGAUGUUACCUUGGGUGAUAACCGAGUUUUCAAGGCAAAAGCAUUUAACAAGUUUAAAUUACGACAUGGGAAGUUCUACCCAUUGGCUAGUGGUGCUGAUGUUAAAUAUCACUAUGCAUCCGAUACAGACGCCAUGUUUUGCAAGACGGGAGCUCUUGAUCCAAACAAGGUGAAAGGAAAGAUAAUAUUUUGUUAUCUGGGUGGUGGUUCUGAUGAAAAUACAAAGGCUAAGGAAGCAUAUAGUCUAGGCGCCAUUGGACUUAUAUUGGGCAGGGACAGGAACCGAGAAGUUCAAGUUGUUGAUGAUCAAGAUCCGCUCCCUACUGCGCACGUGGAUUACAAAGAUGCUGUCCGUAUUUUGAAAUACAUCAACUACAACCGGUAUCCCGUGGCACACAUAUCUAAAGUGAGAACAGAAUACGAUGUAAAGCCUAAUGGACAAGGAAUCUCAGCUGCAGGAUUUAUCACAAGAGAACAAGAGGCUCAAACAACUAACUGUAUCUGACAAUAAUAGGCGUGUUGACCUUGUGUCUACUACCAUCCAUCCAAACUAACAUCCCAAAAACAUAACCAUCCGUUUCGGGAGUGUCCCUUAGAGUUAAUGUAACUCUAAAUUGCUUCUUUUCACCCACAAACGUAAAAGCUAAAAUUUGAGGCUCAACAUCAACCUUCAGUUCCGAAGGCGCAAUGACCUUCACCCUAUACUUACCUGGACAUCCAACGUUCUCAACGGUCCGAAUAAGAACCACUGGAUGUCCAAUCUGAAUAUACGGAACUGUUAUGGUUGGAUAGUUUAAGUUCAGUAUGUUGAAUUCUUUUUUUGUUCGAGGAGGUUCAUAGGGACCGUCAUCGGGUUUGUAGAAUUCAUCAAGUUGUCCAGCACACGCACCCCGAAACCACAAGUAAUUUAAAUACUCUUCGGUCGUAAUGUCAUAUACGAGUCCGGGGUUGGCGACACGGUUAGGCUGCAACUCACCUGCGCCAUAUGCAAAUGGUGUUGCCGUUUUCAAUCUUAUUUCAUCAUGUUCCUUCAUAGGCCUACCGAAAGUAUCAUAUACACUUGCUGCAAAAGACAAUAAAAAAAUCUUAUUUGCCGAUAAAAUCUUGUGUGCUUUUAGUAAAAUCUUAUUUGCCGAUAAAAAAAAAAAUUGCAUUUAUAUCUUUAUUAUUAUAGUGUAUAAAAUCGUUGUCUUUUUUUUUUAAUCCAAAAAAAAAAAUUAUUGUCUUUUGCAGCAAGUGUAUAUGAUACUUUCGGUAGGCCUAUGAAGGAACAUGAUGAAAUAAGAUUGAAAACGGCAACACCAUUUGCAUAUGGCGCAGGUGAGCUGCAGCCUAACCGUGUCGCCAACCCCGGACUCGUAUAUGACAUUACGACCAAAGAGUAUUUAAAUUACUUGUGGUUUCGGGGUGCGUGUGCUGGACAUCUUGAUGAAUUCUACAAACCCGGUGACGGUCCCUAUGAACCUCCUCGAACAAAAAAAGAAUUCAACAUACUGAACUAAAACUAUCCAACCAUAACAGUUCCGUAUAUUCAGAUUGGACAUCCAGUGGUUCUUAUUCGGACCGUUGAGAACGUUGGAUGUCCAGGUAAGUAUAGGGUGAAGGUCACUGCGCCUUCGGAACUGAAGGUUGAUGUUGAGCCUCAAAUUUUAGCUUUUAAGUUUGUGGGUGAAAAGAAGCAAUUUAGAGUUACAUUAACUCUAAGGGACACUCCCGAAACGGAUGGUUAUGUUUUUGGGAUGUUAGUUUGGAUGGAUGGUAGUAGACACAAGGUCAACACGCCUAUUAUUGUCAGAUACAGUUAGUUGUUUGAGCCUCUUGUGAUAAAUCCUGCAGCUGAGAUUCCUUGUCCAUUAGGCUCCCUAUUAACUUUUCAAUAUCAGAUUUCGCACAACCCAGUUGUUCAAAAGCACUUCUAAUCUGCAUUGUGAUCUGGAUAUACUCUUCUUGGUAUGGUACCUCAGCAUGCCGGUGGCAUCUUUACAUUUUAGAAAACUUAGGUAUUAAAAUUUUAAUUUUUUUUGAUAUGUUUGCACUUUUGGUACAAAUUUGGAUCUGUAAUGAGGACUUCAUCGAUGUAGCUCCUCUGAAAUAUACACUGAUAACACAAUUUCAGAUAUUCUUCUCUCUUUGGUCUGUAAUGAGAACUCUCAAGAGUGGUUUAUCACUCCAAUGACACCUUAAAGGUCUGAUUCUAAUAAGGUUCAUUUUGCUGUUUUGAAAUUAUUAAUUGCUUUCAUAGGAUUCUACCAA